AUGCAGAACUGUUGGAGCGUCCCUGGUCGUCUUCCCGGCCUGAAUCCGUCGUCCGUUGCAGCUAGCGAAGUUCCUGACCCUCCCCUAAUCCCGCCUGACCCUCCAGAUCCAUCUUCACCACUAUCUCCCCAAAGCUUCCCUCCCUUAUCCGCUUCCAAAACUACUCCCGCAACUGGUACCGUACCCUCAUCUUCUCGCAAGAAGCAGGGUCCUAAAACUACAGGAGCUGUUGCAAGCCCUGACUCCACUACCUCAGCUCCAAAAUCUCCUUCUCUGGAAACAGCAAAGGUGAAAGAAGUGAUUCAAAAUUCUGGAUCUGAGCCUACUAAAACUGUUCAUGAACAGUACCCUACUGCUAACCAAGCCAUCAAACCCUUACUUUCCACAGACCCAAACCCUCCUCAGUCAGAAACAACUCCCAUGGCAAUAGACCCCCAACCCUCUACUGCUUCUGAGGGCCUUCCCUCCUCUCAGUUGCAGGAUUUGCCUUCACCCACACCUGAAACUAGUCACCAAAAAGAGCCUGUAACCCCUACUGUUAACAAAGCCCCUUCUCUGGUUGAACGAAUUAGAGCCUCAGAAAACAAAACUCUGCGCAUACUUGCUCUUGUGGCUUUUGCUGCAUCAGGAAGACCAAGAAUCACGAUCCCUGACUCGGUCUUUCAAAAAGGAGCAGAAAUUCACAAGGACUUCGUCAUUUGUUACUUCAAUGGUAAAGCCCCACCAUUUAGUCAAAUUCAGAGUGUGUUUAACUACAUGUGGGGAAAAGGAAAGCCACUGGAGAUACACAACAACCCGCUAAAUCGUUCUACUCUGGUCCGAAUUCCCAGUGAUUACCUGAGGCAGAAGAUCCUGGAUAAGAACAUUUGGUAUGUGGGAGACUCUAUGUUCCACACAGCCCUUUGGUCCUCAGUGCACUCGCGAUCAACUCCCCCGCUCAAAGCUAUCAAGAUAUGGGCACACUUCCACGACAUCCCCCUGGACCUGAGACAUGAAGAAGGUUACAGUCUAAUUGGAGGACUUGUAGGGGAACCAAAAGAGGUGGAUGAGUUCACCAAAAACCUUGUAAGCCUUACCAUAUCGCAUAUAAAGGUUGAGGUCGAUCUCACUAUUCCUCUUCCAUCGGUUGUGGAGUUCGAAAGAGAGAAUGGUGAUGUGGUGGAGGUCCUGGUCACCUACCCUUGGGUCCCUCCAACAUGCUCUCAUUGCCAUGAAUUGGGUCAUAUAGUGCGAAAUUGUCUGCUCUAUACUCCCCCUCCUGGUGAUGAUCCUACUGCCCAGAAAAAAGUUUAUGUUGCAAAAACUCCUGCAAAGAAAAAGAAAAAUAAUCAACAGCAGCAGAGCAAUUCUGGUGAUUCUACUCCUAAUCAGAGGACUGCUGUUCCAAAACCCAUCCCUCCCAUCUCCUCUACCCCCAUCCCUCCCAUUCCUUCUUCUCCCAUCCCUCCCCCAUCUGAGAUCCAAUCUAACUCCCUUGCUCCUCCUCCAAGCCACAAUUCAUCCCUUCAACCUUUAAAGCCCCCAUUAAACCAUCUUACUACCCAACCGUCGCCCAACCUUCCUCCUUCUUUCUCAACCCCCACCCAUACUAAAAGGCCUUCCCUGAAAAGAUCUCGUUCCUCUCCUACCUUAUCCCCUCCCCCCUGUUCAGAGAAUCAAAACCCUUUUGCCCGUCCUAUUUCUCUUCACCCUCCCAUUUCUGGCUCUCUCCCUCUAUCUAAUAUCCUAUCAUCUAACCCCUUUUCUCCUCUUUUGCUAAACACUAUCCCUGCUUCUUUCGUUCCUGAAUCACAUAUCAAAGAGCCCUCUCUAAGCCCUAUCUUGUCCUCACUCUGUCCUAAUUGGUGUUUUUCCUCAAAUCACUUAUCUGAUCCUGAUGGUCGAAUUAUCCUAAUCUGGAGAGCUUCCCUAAAAGUCACUAUCCUAUGCCAAAGCCGCCAAAGCAUAACUUGUAAGAUUGAUUUCCCUAAUCACCAGCCGAUCCACUACACGGCUGUCUAUGCAUCUAACUUGAGUGCAGACAGAAUUGAUCUUUGGGCAGAGCUUAUCAAUCUACAAGCUAGUUUGGAUAUGGAUACGACUAACUGGAUACUAGGAGGAGAUCUAAACCAAAUCAGUCACCCGUCUGAGCACUCUGACCCAUCAGUCACGGGGCUCGAUAACCAAAUGUAUCUGAUGCGUGACAGUAUGAUUCAGAUGGGAUUAUUUGAUCUCCGAUUCAUUGGGACUAAUCACACUUGGAGUAACAGCUGCCCUUCCCACCCCAUCACUAAAAAGCUAGACAGAUUGAUGGUCAACUCAAACUCCAUAUCAGCUUUCCCCCAUGCCUUAGCCACUUUCCUACCACCUAUAUUCUCUGACCACUCACCCUGUAUCCUAGACCUUGCCUUUAAGUUACCCUCAGCUGGUUCUAAGCCUUUUAAAUUUCCCAACUACCUUAUUAAGCACCCGAACUUCGCUCAGCUAAUACAGGAAGCUUGGAUUCACGCUGGGAACACUUGUCAAACGCUCACUCAACUCUUCUGGAAACUAAAAAUGAUAAAGAGUGACCUAAAGCUCCUGAUCAGUAAUAACUAUUCAAAAAUUCAGGGGAGAGUGAUAGAGACUAACCGGUUGCUUCAACUUGCGCAGGUGCAGGCUCUGCAGAACCCAUCGACGGCUACAUUCCAAGCGGAAAGAGAACUUCAUGAGAAGUGGCAUUUCCUGCGGGUGAUAGAGGAAAUAUACUUCAGACAAAAGUCGCGUAUCAACUGGUUAAAGGAGGGGGACCUGAACACCACUUACUUCUUUCGGAUUUGCCAGACUCGAGCAAGCUACAAUGCGAUAAGAGCCUUCCUUGCGAUCAAUGGACAAUGGAUUACAGACCCGGAGUGUAUGAGUCGGCAUGCGGUGUAUCACUUCCAGUCAGUCUUGGGGCCUCUAAACUACUAUCCUCCUGCGAUUUCCACCCACCCCCAAUGGUUUCAGGAACUUAUAAACUUCUCGCCUUCACAAGAACAAGUGACUACGCUACUCUCUCUCCCUACCUCUGAAGAGAUAAAGUCAUGCCUGUUCAGAUUAAACGCCAAUAAGGCGCCUGGCCCUGACGGGUUAACCUCUGCCUUCUUCAAAGCGUCGUGGGACUCAGUGGGGAAUGAAGUGCUGGUGUCUAUAAAGAACUUCUUCGCUUCUAUCUUCCUGCCUGCAACAUCAAAUGCCACAAUACUUACGCUAUUAGUGGAAAAUACUACUCUAGCAGGAGAACUGAUUAAUGGUUAUCACAAGAACUCAGGGCAGAAGUGUAUUACCAUCAAAGUGGAUAUAGCGAAGGCGUUUGACACCCUCUCUUGGGAGUUUCUGUUUUCAUGCCUCCAGGGACUUCAGUUGCCUUCUCGAUUCAUCAGACUUCUCAAAGCAUGUGUCUGCACUCCAUCCUACAUGAUAGGCUAUAAUGGAUCAGUUCAUGGCUAUUUCAAAGGGAAACGUGGGUUGCGACAGGGAGACCCUCUAUCCCCCUAUCUAUUUGUAAUAGCUAUGAAUUGUCUAUCUCAUAUGUUCAAUCAGGCUGCAAGGGAAAAUAGACUAAACUACCACAGGAAUUGUGCCCCAACGAAACUUACCCACCUCUCUUUUGCUGAUGAUCUUUUGAUCUUUAUAGAUGGUUCAAUCCAGUCUGUUCAGCAAGUACUGCAGGUGCUAAGUGAAUUUGAGAAAAGGUCUGGUCUGGCGGUGAGCAUGCAAAAGACGAGUUUCUUUGUGUCUGGCCUCUCCUCUGAAGAAACUGACACCAUCCAAGCUUCAACUGGCAUGUGUCUAGGAUCCCUCCCCUUCCGCUACUUGGGUGUUCCACUGAACUCAAAGAAACUAUCAUUGACGAACUGUGAGCCACUCCUGCAUCAAAUUAAAUCGCGAUUUUCCUCUUGGUCAGUCAAGUCACUAUCAUUCUCUGGUAGACUUCUACUUAUUAAGACGGUUAUCUCGGGCAUAACUACCUUCUGGUGCUCUGCAUUCAUCCUCCCGAAAGCUUGUAUAAAUCGCAUCAGUUCGCUCUGUAGUAUCUUCCUGUGGAAGGGAAAUAUUGAAGGUCACAACUCAGCGAGGGUCUCUUGGGAAACCCUUGUACUAACAAAAAGGCAAGGUGGACUGGGUAUCAAAGACUUGCUAACCUGGAACAAGGCAUGCUCUCUGCGUCUGGUUUGGUUGUUAUUUUUCAGGCCUGAUUCGGUUUGGGUCCAAUGGUUCAAGGAGGUCAUACUCAAAGGCGAGCUAAGCAACUACUGGACUACACCACCGCGUCAAUCUUACUCAUGGCUUGUCAAUAAAUUGCUAAAGCUUAAGCAGACGGUCUUCCCUCUGUUAAAGUUGAUGCUUCAGAAUGGAGAAUCGGCCCGGUUCUGGAGUGACAAUUGGUCACUGUUUGGUGAUCUGAAUGCAUACUUGUCAGGUUCUCGCUCUGGUUUGGGAAUCCCUCGUACUGCUACGGUUGCAUCGCUCUGUAGGAAUGGAGUCUGGCGGCUUCCUCCUGCACGCUCUGAGCAGCAACUCUCUCUCUACACCUACAUCACCACAAUAGAACUUCAGCCUAAUCAGGACUACUACAUUUGGGAGAUAAAUGGACAGAGGUCAGAGAGCUUCAAAACUGGUAUCCUGUAUGACUACCUUAGGGAACCGAAACCAGAUGUACCUUGGAGCACUGCUGUAUGGUUCUCUAGAGCUAUUCCACGACAAGCAUUCCAUGUGUGGCUGGUGAUCCAGGAUAGAAUUCCUACAAGAGACCGUUUACGUCGCUGGGGAAUUCAAGUGGAUGAUCGAUGCUUACUCUGUAAUGCAGCGCAAGAAUCAAGGAAUCACAUCUACUUUGAGUGCAACUACAGUCAUGAUUUAUGGAGUAGAGUGGCGAAUCGCUUACGGCUCGUUCCGCAACGUGAUUGGGCAGACACGGUCAAUCAGAUGCUAUCUCUUCCUCCACCGGCAACGCAAAGGAAACUAACUCUCCUCGCCUGGCAAUCAACGAUGUACUGGCUUUGGCAUGAGAGGAAUGGUAGGCUCCACUCCAACACCUUCCGCUCUAAUGAACAGAUCUUCAAACUGUUGGAUGUGCAGAUGAGGAACAAACUACAAAGCUUCAGGACUGAAAAUCCGACUAGAUCUUCCACAAUGAUGCAGAGCUGGGUGCGAUUUGCCUGA